GUCAUACCAUGGCAGUGAAGGCGGUCUCCUCGGUCGAUGAAGCCAUUGGCCAUAUCAACAGUCACAGCUCGGGACACACGGAGAGUGUGGUGACGGAGGACCCCACCUGUGCAGAGACCUUCCUUCGCCGGGUCGACUCGGCGGGUGUGUACCACAACUGUUCCACGCGCUUCGCCGACGGCUUCCGCUAUGGCUUUGGAGCGGAGGUCGGCAUUUCCACCAACAGGAUUCACGCACGUGGACCAGUGGGUUUGGAAGGCCUCGUGAUCCAUAAGUACCGCCUCUACGGCAAUGGCCACACCGCGGCCGACUUCGCGGGCGCCGAGCCUUCGCGGAGCUACAUCCACAAGCGCAUCGAGGGAGUCGCUGCAGCCGCCGAGAUCCCUCAGGCCAAGCUGGCGAAGCUCUCCUAGGCAGAGACAUGCUGAAUUUCUUGAACCCACUGCUGGCGAAUCCAUAGGUCUCCAACGAAUGACUGGCACCUUACCUUGCCUGGCAACCAGAUCAAUGGCAGGUCAGUUUCCCAGGAAUUUUGAUCUAUGAUCUAUAUUAUAACUAUAGUUGCUAAGGGUUUAACUUAUCAAAGCUUGGGCUCGCUGCACAGACAUGCCCAUGGAUUCCCCAGUGAUUUCUCUUAUGAACAGAGGAUCGCAUUGUACAGACCUUGAGAGGGCCAAUCUUGUCGCUGGGCUCACUUCACUUUCAAAGCUGGCAGUUCUGGGUGCUCGCAUGGCAUCCUUGUGAUCCUGCAAAUUGAAGCUCGUUGUGAUAGGACAACCUCAGUUGUCAAAUUUGAACCACAGGAAGCUGCCCCACAACCAACUUGAGGGAUUUUGCCCCAAAACCAACUUGAUUGAUUUUUGCUCUGAAAGGGCUAUGCCGUCAUCCGAGAUGGUGCUAUAGAG